GGACAUUACGAUGCGACUUGUGUGGACAUCGUCGAUUCACACUGAUUUACAUAUUUCCAGCCGACUUGUGUGACUCUUUAUCGCCACCAUGGGUCACAACCCUGGUGUUCUCGAUGAGAUUGAUCUCAAUACGCUCAAGGAUCCGGCCGGUAUUUUUGAACUCAUAGAAGUAGUCGGCAACGGAACUUACGGGCAAGUAUACAAGGGCCGUCAUGUAAAAACUUCACAACUUGCUGCAAUCAAGAUCAUGAAUAUAAAUGAAGAUGAGGAAGAAGAAAUUAAACUUGAGAUAAAUAUGCUGAAAAAGUACUCCUAUCAUCGAAAUAUCGCCACUUACUAUGGUGCUUUCAUCAAAAAAUUGCCCUCAUCAACUGGAAAACACGAUCAACUGUGGCUAGUUAUGGAAUUCUGUGGAAGUGGAUCUGUUACCGAUCUCGUGAAGAGCAGCAAAGCAUCUUCAAUCAAGGAAGACUGGAUAGCUUACAUCUGUCGCGAAAUCUUAAGAGGUCUAUAUCACUUGCAUCAAAAUAAGGUCAUUCAUCGAGACAUCAAAGGACAAAAUGUACUACUUACGGAUAACGCUGAGGUGAAGCUUGUUGACUUUGGAGUUUCUGCACAGUUGGACAAAACAGUUGGAAGAAGGAAUACCUUCAUUGGGACUCCAUACUGGAUGGCUCCUGAAGUGAUCGCAUGCGACGAAAAUCCGGAAGCGACUUACGAUUCACGCUCAGACUUAUGGUCUCUAGGUAUAACUUCUCUGGAAAUGGCCGAGGGUCAUCCACCACUUUGUGACAUGCAUCCCAUGCGAGCUCUAUUUCUCAUUCCACGUAAUCCGCCUCCUCGAUUGAAACGAUCGAAGAAGUGGACUAAGAAGUUUGAGUCGUUCAUAGAAACUGUGCUCGUGAAGGAUUAUCAGCAGAGGCCCUACACUGAUCAGCUUCUCCGCCAUCCCUUCAUCAGGGAUCAGCCUCCUGAGAGGAGCAUCAGAAUCUCAAUCAAAGAUCACAUCGAUAGGCACCGUCGUAUCAACAAGAAAGAUGAUACGGAAUAUGAGUACUCGGGCAGCGAUGACGAUGAACCAAACCAUUCAAAGCCUCUUCUUUCUCAUCGCGAUGACUCGGAAGCAGCAUCGAUGAUCCCGGUUGACAACACCUUGAGAAAAGGUUUUCAACGAAUUCAAGAGGCUAGUCGAGGCGCUUUCGAGUACGCUGGCGCUCAGCAGCUGAAAAGAGUAACUACGAAUAUACCAGGACACGAACGGCCACCUACUGGAAGCCCUCACCACCAUGUGUUUAGGUAUGGAGCCGACGGUCGUAGUCGUGAGGAAGCCGUUAAGAUCCGUGCGCAAGCUGCGGUAAAUCGACCCGUAGCAGGGAGCGAUCGUCGUAGGGAAGCGGAAAGACGCCAGCGACCGGCUAGUCACCAUCAGCGCUCUCCAUUGCAAUCUCAUCCAGCUGCUCCUCAUCUCGCAGAUCUUGCUAACUAUGAUAGGCGCCGACAGUCUGAACGGGAAGGUAGAGAGAGGGAUAGAAGUGUCGCUAAUGAGCGUCUGAGUCAUAGAAACGAUAUGCCAGUUGCUCGUGUAGCGGCAAACAUCAUAGCCAGUCCAUUGCGCAAACUGAGUGAGCCGGUGCUCCAUCAACAACAAUCUAGGCCCGAAGAUCUGGAUGCGCUUGCUUGUGAAUUAUCGCGAAUGGGUGGCUCUACAGGAAACAGUGGUGGCGUUUCUCCUCCACCUCCUGCACCACCGCCGCGUGAUGCUUCCAUCGCAAGCGUCAACGAUGAAGAUGAUGACUCGUUGGGAGGAGGAACGUUGCGUGGUCCCAACAAGCCUUUACCUCCAACACCAACGGGAGGCUCACCACCAUCCGACAUCUCUAAUCAGGACACACUUCCCCCUCAAAAAAGGAACAAGGACGUCGUACUGAGACCUAGCAUGGUGAAGGCUGCUAGUAUGCCUGAUCAAUCCUCCAGCACUCCUCCGACGGAAUUUGGUUUGGGUGAAAGCUCAUCCGAAAGCGAAGACGAUGUUCACGAGCUUCAUGCUUCUGUACGGCGAUCAUCGGCCACCAAUCCUCUUCUCCCAACUGUUUCUUCUUCCCGCUGUAAUGCUCCUUUGGCUUUGCCAGAUCUGUUGCCCAAAACUCGUGAUGCCAACAAAUUUGAUGAACAACGUAUAUGUGAUGCCCCUGUCGAAGAGUCCGAAAGAGUGGCAAAUGCAUGCACUAAUGGAUCGAAAAUUGCUUUGCAUCAACAACCACUCACAUCGAGAGAUCGGGAAAAGUCGUUUGUCGGAUUCUUCGGUACAGGAGCCGUGUUGGGAGCUGGCACUGUGAAUCGUCCUGGGAGAGCACAAGAUGCCAGUCAUGUGCAGGUCAAUGUAAACCCAAGCUCUCAAAACGGAGCGCACUUGGAGUCGGAUGCGCCUGAAAUACGGAAGUAUAAGAAGAAAUUCAGUGGAGAAAUUUUAUGUGCUGCAUUAUGGGGUGUCAAUUUGUUGAUAGGUACCGACAGUGGUCUUAUGCUACUGGAUCGUAGUGGCCAAGGCAAAGUAUAUCAGUUGAUAAACCGACGUCGCUUUGAGCAAAUGGCUGUACUGGAAGGACAAAAUAUACUUAUCACAAUUUCUGGAAGAAAGCGGAGAAUAAGAGUGUACUAUCUAAGCUGGCUGAAGCAGAAAAUUUUGAGAACCGAAGGCUCUGCAUCAGGGGUACCAGCGGAGAAGCGUAAUGGAUGGGUGAAUGUUGGCGAUUUACAAGGCGCAAUCCACUUCAAAAUUGUUCGCUACGAACGCAUCAAGUUCUUAGUUGUUGGCUUAGAGAACAGCAUUGAAAUAUAUGCUUGGGCACCUAAGCCAUAUCACAAGUUCAUGAGUUUCAAGUCUUUCGGAUCAUUAUCUCAUUUGCCACUGAUCGUUGAUUUGACGGUAGAAGAUAACGCUCGUCUCAAAGUGCUAUAUGGCUCACAUGAAGGAUUUCACGCCAUUGACCUUGACUCAGCUGCGAUAUAUGAUAUCUACACUCCUCCUAAUCCACAGCAAAAUAUGGUGCCACACUGCAUCGUUGUGCUUCCGAACAGUAAUGGAAUGCAACUGUUGCUUUGCUACGACAAUGAGGGUGUUUAUGUCAAUACUUACGGAAAGAUGUCAAAGAAUGUCGUGUUACAAUGGGGAGAGAUGCCCAGCAGUGUUGCCUACAUCUCAACUGGGCAAAUAAUGGGUUGGGGAAAUAAAGCAAUUGAGAUCCGCUCGGUCGAUACGGGUCACCUAGAUGGUGUAUUUAUGCAUAAGAAAGCGCAAAAGCUCAAGUUUUUGUGUGAGCGUAAUGACAAGGUGUUCUUCUCUUCAGCGAAGGGUGGCGGUUCUUGCCAAAUUUAUUUCAUGACCCUUAAUAAGCCGGGUCUCUCGAACUGGUAGCUGCUUUCGCUUUUUUUCGCGAUUCUUUCAAUAUUCUUCUUCUGUACAUAAGAUCAACAUUGCUCACCUAACACUGCUGUAUCACGCAUCGCUUUAUGGUCCGUGAAUCAUAUAUUCGACUCUUGGAUUCACUUUUUAGCUAAGCUAUAUUUUAAAAUAGAUGUGAAGUUUUAGGUGUUUAUGUGUAUAUGAUUGUUCGGUGCGGAAUGUAUUCCUUAGAUACUUUCUGAAAUGAAUAAUUCUAAAGCGGUUUAUAUCUGUUGAAGAUUUAAUAAAUUGUUGCAUUCCCCUU